AUAAAUAACACCUACUGAAAGAAGGGAAAAUAGCUCAAAGUUAGAAGAAAAAAUUGUUAAGGCAUUGACAAGAAAAGAAAGAAGACUAAAAAAUGGCAAGGACAGUGGCAAAAACAUUAGCAGCACCGUUGUUGUUUAUUAACUUAGUAAUGUAUCUUAUUGUUUUAGGUUUUGCUAGUUGGUGUCUCAACAGGUUCAUUAAUGGCCAAACUAAUCAUCCUAGUUUUGGAGGAAAUGGAGCGACGAUGUUCUUCCUCGUAUUCGCAAUAUUAGCAGCAGUAUUAGGAAUAAUAUCGAAACUGAUAGGUGCAAAACAUCUAAGGACAUGGAGAAAUGACAGUCUUGCUGCUGCUGGUUCCUCUGCUGUAAUAGCCUGGGCUGUGACUGCACUAGCAUUCGGAUUGGCAUGCAAGGAGAUUAACAUAGGAGGCUGGAGAGGAUGGAGACUACGAGUUCUUGAGGGUUUUGUGAUAGUACUUGGAGUAACCCAACUUCUCUACGUUCUAAUGCUUCACGCUGGGUGGUUUAGCAGCACGUACGGUCCGGGAUACAGAGAUACUGAAUACGGUGUCGGCGGCGGAGUUGGAGAGAAGGGUACUACUGGUGUCACCGGAGCUAGGGUUUAGCAGCACGUACGGUCCAGGAUACAGAGACCCCGAAUACGGGGUCGGCGGCACUCCCGGCGGAGUUGGUGUCACCGGAGCUAGGGUUUAAUUUAGUUUAGUUUUAAGUACGUCUUUAAUUCAAUUUGUACGUAGUGACCAUGAUAUAGUUCAUGAAAACAAGACUUGAAUUUGUGUAAGCUGAUAUAUUAGAGUUUAAGUUUGUGGCUCUGUCAAGGGCACUGAACUUGGCUGUUUAAGUGUAUUUGGUUUAUCC